ACCCUAAACCCUUGGGCGAUGGAGGUAGCUCUAGCGCCGCGCCAGGGAUUGUCGCCUCAGUGGAAUGUGGAUGAUCUGCAUCCGCGGCGGCGGCGAUGGCAGCAGCGCGUGGAUUGUCGCGUUGGAUUCUCCGGGGCCGCGAAUGCGAGCGGCGGUGUGAUGCUAGGGCGGAAGUUCGAGGUGGAGCACGUCCUCGAGGCGCAGCAAUUCGACCGGGAGCUGCUGGAGGGGAUCUUUGGCGUGGCCAAGGAGAUGGAGGCGAUCGUGGAGGGGAGAUCCGGCGGCGGCUCCACGAUGCUCAAGGGAUAUCUCAUGGCGACGCUGUUUUACGAGCCAUCGACGAGGACGAGGCUGUCGUUUGAGUCGGCCAUGAAGCGCCUGGGUGGAGAAGUGCUCACCACGGAGAAUGCUCGCGAGUUCUCGUCGGCUGCCAAAGGGGAGACGCUCGAAGACACGAUCAGGACGGUGGAAGGCUACUCGGAUAUAAUCGUGAUGAGACACUUUGAGAGUGGAGCUGCCAAGCAAGCUGCCGCUGUGUCGAGCAUCCCAGUGAUCAAUGCUGGCGAUGGACCUGGGCAGCAUCCCACGCAGGCACUGUUAGAUGUUUACACGAUUCAGAGAGAGACCGGGCGGCUCGACGGGAUCAAAGUCGGGCUCGUUGGAGACCUUGCCAACGGAAGAACUGUUCGAUCUCUGGCCUACUUGCUCGCCAAGUACGAUGGUGUCAAGUUCUACUUCGUCUCUCCAGACGUGGUGAAGAUGAAGGAUGAUAUCAAAGAGUAUCUUACCUCCAAGAACAUAGAGUGGGAAGAGUCGAAGGAUCUCAUGGAAGUGGCAUCCAAAUGCGAUGUCAUUUACCAGACGCGCAUUCAACGCGAGAGAUUUGGCGACAAGAUCGAGCUCUACAACCAGGCCCGUGGAAAAUACAUUGUGGACCGCAAAGUAGUGGAUGUGCUUCAAAGCCAUGCCGUUGUUUUGCAUCCUCUUCCCAGGCUUGACGAGAUUACCACAGAAGUAGAUGUCGAUCCAAGAGCUGCGUAUUUUAGACAGGCCAAAAAUGGUCUUUUCAUUCGUAUGGCUUUGCUGAAGUUGCUAUUGCUUGGGUGGUGAUUGAAACUAAGUUCAUAAAUGAUAAAACACUCGCCAAACGCGAUUGUGGAA